AUGCCUGCCGACGCUCCACUGUAUUCGAAUUUGCUGUUGGGCGUGCUUGCAGAACGACCGAUGCACACUCUCGAUCUUCCAGAUCUCGCGUACUUCCUGGACAGUGAUUCGGAGGUGAAACCUUAUCUUUGGUACAGAACCUUCGAAGAUGCAAAGCAUGAUCCGUUAGCGGUGUUCCACACGUCUGGAAGUACUGGUAUGCCGAAACUCAUCACCAUGAACCAUGGGGCUGUAGCCGCUCUUCACGCUUUCAAAAACAUCAAGACUUUUACCGAUCAAGCGAUCCAGACUGACGCUCAUGACGGCAAGAGGACACUGUUGCUGUUUCCGAUGUUUCAUGCCUCAGCUAUCAGCACUUUGUUCUUGUCCAUCUGGGAUACUGUACCAAUAAUUCUGCCGCCUCCGAUACCAUUGACAGCAGAACUUGCGAAUGAUAUGAUUAUCAACUGCGACAUUCAAGCCAGUAUCAUGCCACCAUCAAUCCUCGCCGAGAUUGCCGGAAAUCAGGUGUAUCUUGAGAAUCUGUGGAAAUGCACCAGUGUGAUGUAUGGAGGGGGACCACUGCCAACUGAGGCCGGCAAUCGCAUUGCUGCGGGCACUACUCUCAUAACUGUCUUCGGGUCUUCGGAGACUGGUUUCUUNCCCGUCGAAGUCAUGCCGCGAAGUGACUGGUCGUAUGUCAAACUCAGCCCCUUUGCUGGUGGUGUGUAUCGUCCCUGUACAGAUCAACUGUACGAGCUUGUCAUUGAGCGCAGAUCCGAACUGGAAGCUUAUCAACCCGUUUUCUGGACGUAUCCUGAACUCCAGGAAUAUCAUACCAAAGAUCUGUUUGCCAGACACCCGAUCAAGCAAGAUCUAUGGUUGUGGCAAGGUCGCAUGGACGACAUCAUUGUGCUCAGCAACGGCGAGAAGUUCAAUCCUUCUGCAAUGGAAAACGUGAUAACCAAUGGUCAUCCAGCAGUCGAAUCCGCUCUGGUAUGUGGUCAAGGUCGCGAACAGUGCGCCUUGCUUGUCGAGGUGUCGUCUACAGAAUCGAGUGAAGAUGAUACGCCCGAAGAAGAAAUCGUGGAAGAAAUAUGGCCAGCUGUGCAGAAAGCCAACGAGGACUGCCCAGAGUACGGACGUGUGAUGAAGGACAUGGUGAUAGUCGCUAAGCAGGGCAAAAGNAUGGCCCGAGCAGACAAGGGCACUGUCCAGCGCAGCAAGACACUUGACAGUUUCGCUGCGGAGCUUGAUGAACUCUAUCACCUGCACGAGGGCCCUGCUGCAGCCUUCGUUGCAGCACAUCGUCCCAUGGAUCUUCAUAGCGUCCAGCAAACUGUCACAAGAGUUGUCCAAGACAUUCCUCGCUAUCGGACUUUGAAAUCCAGCAAGAGUUUAUUUGACCUGGGUCUGGACUCGCUCCAUGCUAUGGCUAUCGCCAANAAGCUCAGAACCGCUUUCUUGAAUUCACCAAGUCCAAUCACGACAAAAUCCAUCUAUGAUUUUCCAAGUAUCGAUCUGUUGACAUUUUACAUAUGUGGCUUGAUGACUGGCAAGGAAGAGUCGGUGAAGACAAUGCAGAUGCUUUAUGAUCGCUACUCGCCCAUGAGCCGCCGAGCCUUGCCUGUGAAAGGUCCAGAAGAUGCCACUAUUCUCCUUGUCGGCUCGACUGGCCACUUAGGCACUCAACUCCUGAGCGAGCUUUUGGCCAGAAGCAACAAAGAAUUUGACACAAUAGUCUGCUUGGACCGUGAUCCCGAUGCAGCUUCGAAACAUGAAGCUCUCGGUCUACUCUCUGAUGUCGCAGAAUCAGUAUCCAUCCGGUACUUACAUGCAGAUUAUUCUCAACCGCAUUUUGGCAUUUCCGAUAUAGACUGGUCUGGGCUUCGAAUGAUGGUUACACAUGUGAUCCAGAAUGCAUGGCCUGUUGACUUCUGCAUGCCACUGUCGCAUUUCGAGCCCAGCCUUCGGACCACAGCAGAGCUCAUGGAAUUUUGCAAGUCGGCAGAUCUAAACCCCACUUUCGUCUUCAUCUCGACCAUAGGCUCUGUUGUCAGUAACUGGAAGGAUCUUGUCACCGAGGAAAUCGUUCAAGAUUGGCUUAGAGCAGAACCUAUGGGUUAUACUCAGUCAAAGCUGAUUGCCGAGCGUCUUGUGGCCACGACCGCUGUCACUACCGGUGUCAAGAGCGUGAUUUGUCGUGUUGGCCAGCUUGGUGGCGUGCUGAACAACGAGCUUUGGCACGGCAAAGCGCCUGCCUGGCCAGAGAAAGAGUGGCUGCCUGCUAUGCUAGCGUCUUCAAUUCAACUUGGUGCUAUCCCUUCAUCACUAGGUUUGCUGGACAGGAUCGAUUGGGUGCCAGCUGAUGUUGCUGCGGCCUCUGUAUGUGAGCUGAUGUCGGCCACCUCUGCAUUUCACGAGCUGUGCCAGGUCUAUCACAUCGUCAAUCCACGAUCAACCACUUGGAAAGAUCUCUUGCCGAACCUCGAAGCCUAUGAGGAUCUCGAGAGAGUAGCCUUGUUUGAUUGGGUUGCACUACUCAAGGAACGUGUCGAUAGCGGAAGCAGAAGUGUCGGACCGGCAUUGGGAUUGAUUGAGUUCUUCGAGCGCGCUUGCCAAACCGAUCGCAAGAAGCUGAUGAUCGACUGCUCGAAAAGUCUUGCUCUGAGUCCGACUCUUAGAGGCACGCAGCACAUUUCUGUCGAUCUGAUGAAGCGAUGGAUCAGUCAAUGGGGUCUUAGCAGAUAA